UUUAAUUAGCAGAUAAAAAAUAGCUAAUUUUGGCCUUUUUCUUAGGAAGGAAGUAACCAAAACCAGAUUACAUUUCUUAAUGAGGAACUAGAGAAAUGUCAGAAUGAGAUUGCUGGGCUCAAGAAAGAGAAUUCGCUUCUAAAGGACACAAUGGAGCUGCUCAGUCCAGAGAUGGACUUACAGAAGCAAAAGUCUACACAGCUUCAGGACAAGGAGAAGCAACACAGGCUACUGGAAGAAGACCUCAAAGUCAAGCACCAAAAAGAACUGGACAUCUUGAAACAAGAGCAUCGUAAGGAAAUCCAGAACAUGAUAGCUGAUUUCAGCAGUGCUCAGGCCCAUCUCCAAGCAAAGAUUGUCUCCCUAGAAACCGAACUUAAAGAAUUAGAAGAGAAACGGAGAAAGCGAGAGUCCAGGCCAGAAGAUAUGCACCUUAUAGGCUGCUUACAAAAUAAAUUAAGUGAGAGAGAAGAAAUUAUCAGACAACUGACGGAGGGAAGAAAAUUUCAACAUUUGCUUUUACCCAGCACUGAAUCUCAUCGGAAUAGAUCCUUUUCCUUCAACCCUAAUCCUGGAUGCUUAACUCCUUCCAUGAAGCAGAAGAAACUGAACGAGGUGCCAAGCCGUGUUGUCAGUGUUCCGAAUUUAGCCUCCUACGCAAAGAACUUUUUGAGCUGUGACUUGAGAUCAAAGAGAAAUGCCCCUCCAAUAACGAAAUCAACAAGCUUAGACCAGAGUGCUGGCUGCAUCAGGGCCAGCUAUCAGUCAGCGCCGUCCUCAGACAGUAACCACGCCACAAGGACACAAGGCAAUGAAGCACCCAUAACCAAAGAUGAUCAGAAACAAGACCCUCGGCAUCAGGAAUGGUUUACUAAAUAUUUUUCGUUCUAAAACCAAUUAUUUCCAGAGUACCCAGAAAGAUGACCUCAGAUAAUUUCUCACACUCAUGUGAAAUGUUUAAUCAAGGUACUGACUGGAAAAAAAAAUUGAGCUGCACCCAGCUGACUAGGAAUCUAAGUGUUCUUGGUAUCUAGGUACUAUGGGAUUAGAGGGUGGGUGCCUUAGAAAUAUGUAUGAUUAUUAUUGUAAAAACAAAGGCAGGUUAGGUGAAAAAAUAUGGGUAUGUUGUCAUAUCAAUAGCCAGAUGUUGCACAGGAAGAGUCCUUCAUAUCAAGAUAGGAACCGUUUCACACUUAUGCAGGCAGAGUGCUGAAUUUGUUCCCCAGUGACUCCUGUCUGGCUCUCUUUUAAGAAAACACCUUAACUUUAUUUUUGCAUGUUUUAGUAUAAAUCAUAUGUGAUUUCAUAUUUAUUACAUCCCAUGCUUUCUUUCCCUUUUUUUUGCUGUUUAAUAUUCAAAUAAAAUAAAUUGAAGGGAAUUACUUUUAGAGGGUGUUUGUUUAAUCUGGUAGUUGUUUUAAAUUUGUUGUAUAGUGUACUGACAGACAAUGUCUGCAGGAUGCUUUAGAAUUAUUAAUAUAAUUAGAAUUGGGAAGUAUCCUUUUUGAAGUUGUAUAGACAGCUCAUUACAAGAUACUAUUCAUGUCGUUCUCAUUAAACAUAUUUAAGGAUCAGUCUGGG